AUGUCUACAAGUCCAGACCGCGCAACAUCGCCCAAAAAUAAAGAAAAUGGAGGUCUUACACUUGCGAUUAUUGGCUGUGGAAUUAUGGGCACCUCGAUCCUCCACGGACUCCUAACGGCCAGAUCCUCGGGGCCUCCUUCCGCCUCCAAUAAUAGUUCCAAUAUCAACACAUUCAUCGCCACGGUACAUAGCAUGGCUUCCAUGGAACGACUGCGCACCGAAUUUCACGCGCGGGAAUCACGUGUUCAUAUAUUGGUUGGCAAUGAUGGGGUGCUGCAGGCUAUUUCGCAGGCCGAUAUCGUGCUGUUGGCGUGUAAACCGUAUAUGAUUGAGGGGGUAUUAAAGAUAGCGGGGGUGCGCGAGGCGUUGGGCGGAAAAUUGGUCGUUAGUGUGGCGGUGGGAACGAAGGUGGGGAAGAUGCUGGCUGCGCUGGGGAUACCGGUACGUGAGGGAGGGGCGAGUUUAAACGUAAAGGGGAAGGAUAAGGAGGGUGGGGAUAAUAAGCAUAUUACUAUUGUUCGCGCAAUGCCGAAUUUGGCGGCUAGUUUUGGGGAGUCGAAUACCGUGGUUGAAAUUUCACCGGGCAUGCCUCUGUCGCUGCGAAAUAAAAAUAUCGUGCGUUAUAUUUUUGGGUGUAUAGGGUCGAUAGUGGAGGUUGGACCGGGUCAGUAUGAUGCGGCGAGUGUGUUGGCGGCGGCUAGUAUGGCGUUUUUGACGGUGGCGAUUGAUGGGAUCUUGGAUGGGGGUGUGAAGGAGGGGAUUAAGAGGGCGGAGGGGAGGGAUAUUUUGGUGAGGAGUUUGAAGGGAUUGGUGGGGUUGUUGGAGGGGAGGGGGGAGGGCGGGGGUGUGGGUAUGGAUGAUGGGAAGUGGGAUGGUUCGGUUAAUGGGAAUGGGAAGGCGAAGGUCAAGGGGAAUGGGAGGACGGGUGAUGAGAUUCGAGAACAGUUUAGUAGUCCUAGGGGAACGACAAUUGAGGGGUUGGUGGGGUUGGAGGAGGAUAGAGUGAGGUAUGCUUAUUGUAGGAGUGUGAUGAUGGCAACGAAGAGGAGUUUGGAAAUGUAG